AUGGCGCUGUGCCCUCCCACCGGGCUCGUCGCGGUCGCCUUCGAGUCAGGCGCUUGCCACCUUCUCGCCACUCCGGCUGACACCGAUUACGCGGACUCGACGCCGUCCGCCCUCUCCUGCCUCAGCGUCGGGCAUCAGCGUGGCACGCGCUGCCUCGCCUUUGCCACCACGACCGCCACGGACGCCGUCGCGCUCGUGAGCGGCGGCGAUGAUGGCUGCGUGCACAUUGAGACCUGCCACGUGAAUAGUGCACGGGUCGCCGGUCGCGGCUGCCAGGACUGCCACGGCCAGGCCCAGGUGGCCACGUCAGCCCCGCGCGAUUGCCCGAUUGAGGCCGAGCGUGAGAGCGGGGCGACGACCAAGCGGCGCCGCCUCCUCAUCGACGAGGUUGUCGCGGACUCGACCCACUGGGCGGUCCCGCUCGGCCGCUCCGUCUGCGUCGGCCUCCUCUCCUCCGGGCAGGCGGCUGCUCCGGCCUCCUGCGACGGCUGGGCGCGCUCGCUGGUCGCGUCGCCAGACGGCGCGUGGCUGGCGGCGUGGGUGGUCGUGGCCGGCCUCGACGCAACGGCCUCCUCCAAGCUGUGGCUGUGGCGCUGCGCCGACGGCAGCCCCUCCCCCACCCGCCCUCGGCCGAGCGACGUCCGCCACGUGUCCGCCACGUGUCCGCCACGCGCCGACUUUGAGUGCGGCGGCUUUGGAGCUCCGAUUAGCGCGCUGGCGUGGCGGCCAGACUCGGCUUGUCUGGCGAGCUGCAGCGGCAGCGAGGUGCUGCUGUGGCGUUUCGGCGCCGCCACCGCCGCCGCCCGCUCCUCCGCCCUGCCUUCGGGUCCCGCCGGCCGCGCGCCACGACGGCUCGACGCUCGCGGCUCGCGGCGGCUCGUCUCGGCCGCGUUUCGCGCUGACGGGGCGUGGCUCGCUUGCGGCGCCAGCGACGGCUCGCUCCACCUCUUUGCUUGCGAGGACGGCGCCUCCGCCGCGAGGGUGAUCCGGCCGAUGGUGCGCUGGCUCGGUGGAUCGACCCUCCUCGCGAGUGGGCCCGGGGCGGUGGCGGUCGUGGCGUGCGUUGUGCCGCCGGAGCUCGAAAGCAACGCGGAGAGCACGGUGGCGAGCAUGCGUGUGGAGCACUACCCUCCCGCGCCAGAGGGCGUCGCUGCGGUGCUCUGCACUGCCAUAGGUGGAGGGUGGAGGAUGGCGGAGGGAUAG